AUCGUUCUGUUUCAGUCUCUCUCUCUACAGAAAAACAAAAACAAAAAACCUUACAUGAUCAUGGUGUAAGGUUUGCUCAUACUGGACUGAAUCAUGGUGGAGACUCAGGAGAGAUUCACUUUAUUUCAUUUAUUGGAAUAUCUGUUUACUUUGAUGGGACUGUUAUUGUUCCUGCUGGAUAUAGCGCUGGACAUUUGGACUGUUGUGUCAUUAUAUAAGGAUGGGGCCUAUGUGUAUAUGGCAGUGCUGAUCUUUCUGCUGCUGGGCUCUUCAGUGUUGUUACAGGUGUUCAGCUGGCUCUGGUACUCUGAUUACCUGGAGAAGAUUGAGACUAAGGUGGAGAAAUUUGCAGACAGGCAUUCACUGAUCAAACCAUUUCACUUCCUGCUGCUCGGAGUCUACCUCAGGUAUGCUGGGGUGAUAGAGACAUCGACAAAGGAUUUUCGUCAUCACACUUAUAGUUUCAUUAGAGAGGGUAUGGCUAUUAACCUUUACCUUGAACUUCAGAUGCUUCGUAUAUUUGAGACAUUUUCUGAAAGUGCCCCACAAGUUGUACUCGUCACGUCUAUAAUCCUACAGAGAGGAGAGCUGGAGCUUAUUACAGGUUUAAAAAUCCUCUCAUCAGCUGCUGCAAUUGCCAUUAGCGUUGCUAUGUACCACCGCAGCAUGCGUAUUGGUCUUCCUGAAAAACGCAAGAUGAGUUGGAUCUCCACUGGCGUCUACUUCCUGUGGAACUUGUUGGUGAUUAUUCCUCGUGUUACUGCUCUGGCACUCUUCUGCAGUGUAUUGCCAUGCUACAUUAUAGCUCACUUCCUGUCCUUGUGGAUGCUGCUGGUUUUAGUGGCCUGGAGCCAGAAAACAGAUCACAUGAAAAGUCCUGGUUGGGAAUGGCUCUUCAGAGCUACUGUUGGACUCAUCUGGUACUUUAGUUGGUUUAACGUAUCAAAAAAAGGAAACAUCAAAGUAAAGAUGGCUCUGUAUUAUAGUUUCAUGGGUUUGGACACAGUGAUGCUGCUGGGCUUCUGGUGCUGGAAGGUGUUUGAGUAUGAAGGCUGCUGGAGCUCCUUAAAUCCUUACAUGGUGAUCCCGACACUACUAGGUUUGUAUGUCAUUGGAAUACUAGUGAAAAUUAUAUACUACAGAUGGUUUCAUCCCAACUAAGGAAAGUACAAAAGAGCUGCAACAUACGACAUGGACGCAGACUUGUCCCUGGAAGAUCCAGCUGCAGCUCCUGCGCAGCCUCUCACUGGAGUCCUCAAGAGGAGCAGGAACAUGGCUGCUAAUUUCUUCUUCUAGCUCUUGGUUGAAUUUUUAAAGUUAAAGUUUUAUUUAUAAAAAUGUAUUAUUGUAGUAAUAUUUUGUAUUUUAUACAGAGAAUACCUAGUUUUGGUUGAAAUAACUUUGACAAAUAUAUAUAUA